CACUUUGUACACAAUAUACAAAAUAUAUCAACAAUGUAUCAAUGGCACCAGAACACAUACAAAGGAGAAUUAAGAAAAGAGAGAGAGAGAAAAAAAAAACAAUAAUAAUAUUGAUUGGUAUGAAAUAUAACAAUGAAUAAAUAAGAAAAACUACAGAGUGAAAAAUAAAAAUUAAAUAAAUAAAAAGCCAGCCUCUUUGGAAGUAGUUUGUGUAUACGUCGUGCGUCACAGUUCCUACGGUGAGCUGUCAUGGCUGCCUCCAUAGAAAACAUGUCAGAGCAGCAUAAAACACAGAAGACGAAUUUCACAUUAUAUUACUGUGUAUGUUUAAUUUCAGCCGCCAAGCCAGUUUGCAGAGUCGCAGAUAUGCUCAUGUGUGAAUCAUAUUAUGUGAUAGGAAGUAUUUGAAGCGGUGUGUGAAAUAAAUUAUAGAGGAUUUUUCGAUCAUUGAGCGUGACUGUCAUAAUGGCUUUAGUCAGCCUUCGCUCCUGUGGCCGUCUUGGUUUUCAUCUGGGUCUCCGUGCGUAUGCCACUCGACCAGUUGGCACCCCAAGAAAGCGGGAGCAGCAAGAUGACACCCCCGUGUUUCAGUAUGUGGGGCAACACAGGAAGCCCCAAGGGAAGGUGUUUGUGUGGGGCUUCAGCUACACUGGAGCUUUAGGGAUCCCUAGCUUUGUAGUGCCGGACAGUGGCAGAAAAAAGCCCAGGAAGUACCAGCUCACACCUUACCGCCUGGAUACUGAACAGAAGAUUUCCUCAGCAGCCUGUGGAUAUGGCUUCACCUUAUUGGCGUCUAAUAGCAGAGAUCUGACCAAAUUGUGGGGCAUGGGCCUUAACAAAGACUCCCAGCUGGGUUUUCAACGUACUCAACAUGACCGACAUAAGAGUUACGACUAUGUCCUGGAACCGUGUCCAGUGUCUCUUCCGCUGGUGAACCCUCAGGAGACACGAGUGCUGCAGGUCUCAUGUGGACGUGCUCACUCACUAGUGCUCACAGACUCUGAGGGAGUUUUCAGCAUGGGUCAUAAUGCUUAUGGGCAGUGUGGGAGGAGGAUUGUGGAGGAUGAAGUGUACAGUGGCAGUCAUGUUGUUCACAAGAUUGAGGGCUUUGACAGUCGAGUCACCCAGGUGGCUUGUGGGCAGGAUCACAGUCUGUUUCUAACAGACAGUGGCUCGGUGUAUGCCUGUGGGUGGGGUGCAGAUGGACAAACAGGUCUGGGCCAUCACACCAAGGCCUCCUGUCCAGUACCCAUCGGAGGAGAUCUGGCUGGGGUCAAAGUUCAGCAGGUGGCCACAUAUGGAGACUGUAGUUUGGCUGUGUCCACAGAUGGCCAGGUUUUUGGUUGGGGAAACUCGGAGUACCUGCAGCUGGCCUCUGUCACGGAGGCCACACAGAUUAGCUCUCCACGGCUGCUGGCCCUGAGGGGUGUGGGUCGAGUCAGACAGGCGGCAUGCGGAGGAACACAGGUGGCUGUACUGAACGAGGAAGGAGAGGUGUUUGUUUGGGGUUUUGGAAUCCUGGGAAAAGGCCCGAAACUUUCCGAGUCUGCUAUCCCGGAAAGAGUGCCAACCACCUUUUUUGGGAGGUCAGAGUUCAACCCUACAGUGAAAGUCUCGUCCAUCCGCUGUGGACUCAAUCACUUUGCAGCCAUCACAGAUCGAGGUGAGCUGUUUGUUUGGGGUAAGAAUGUGAGAGGAUGUCUUGGCAUUGGAAAACAUGAUGACCAGUAUUUUCCAUGGAGGGUGACAGUGCCAGGCCACGUGACGGAUGUUGCCUGUGGUGUCGACCACAUGGUGGCGCUGGUCAGAUCAAUCAUAUGAGACUGUCAAGGCAAAUUCGUACUAUUAUAUCAGGCACUUCAGCGAACACAAUCAGAAUGCCACGUUUCAUUAUUUCUCCAGAACCUUUGGACUUGUUACAGGCCCUCACUAAGGAGUCCUCAUGUCACUCUGCAUCAAGCCAAGGCUGUACUUAAGGUGACAAGGAAAUGCGACACCUUCGCUGCUGUUGACGGUGCUGAUCUCAAAAAUAGACACGAGUCUAACUGCUAAAUAACUCAAGACCUCUUAAUGAGUCUUAUGUUGGCUACUUGGACAUUUUGGAAGUUUGCUCUAAAUUAUAUAUUGUCAUCACCUGAGGUAGACACUGUGUGUUCACAGAGACAUUAUCUGUGCUGUUUCAAUAUCUGCUUUUCUUGUUAAAAAUCACACUGAAUUGUCAACUUGGAUCUGAAAACUGUACAGCUACAUGAAAAGUAUAUUUAAAUUAAAAUGCAUCUGGCUUUA